UUCACAAAUUUUUGUGGGCUCAAUGGGAUUCAUCAAAAUUGAAAAUUACGCACCACGUGGCGGUUCCGCGAUCGUAUUUCAGCAAUAUGAUGGUCAGCGAAGUCGGUAGUUAUUGGCAGGAAAGACUAUCUAACAUGUCAGAAACGGAAUCAAAAGCAUGGGAUACUGUUGGAAUUGUCACUUAUUCAAAUUCGCGACAACAGGCUGACGAGCUUUAUUCUGAAUGGGCGCAGAAAUAUGACAGUGAUCUCGAUACCCUGAAAUAUGAAACUCCGCAGAAUCUGGUGACAGAAUUAUUAAAAUAUAUCGAUAACACUCCGUCAACAAAAGUUUUGGAUGUUGCGGCAGGCACAGGAAAAUGCGGCGAGGUUUUCAAAAAGCUCGGUUUCAAAGGAAUUAUGGACGCAAUAGAAAUCAAUGGUGCGAUGCUGGAAAUAGCAAAGAGAAAAAAUUUAUACAGGAAUCACACGGAAAUGGGGGUUUAUCCAGAUAAAUCGAUUCCAAUAGUUGAUGGAUUGUACGAUGCGGCGGUAUGUGCUGGAUCGUUCGGUCCUCAUCAUUUAGCUCCAGGGUGUGUUGCGCCAAUCAGUCACACUUUAAGACAAGGAGGCGUGGCAAUUUUCAAUUGUCGGGCAACUCCUCAGGCAACCGAGUACAGAGAUUCGCUCGAAAAUGAAAUAGAUAAACUAGAGGAAGCUGGAAUGAUUGCCAGAAUUGAAGUGAAAGAAAUGACUCAUUAUGCAGUAAAAUGCCGGGAAACAGGAAAUUCAAUGAUGUCAAAAGUCUAUGUUUAUCGCAAAUUGUGAAAAAUUUGUAUCAAAUGAUUUUUUGAUGCUCACUAAUCAGUAAUAAAUUGCAUCUGAAUGAAUGUCAA